AUGGCACCAGCCGGAGGCCCAGGGGCCAAGAAGAAAAACUAAAAUUUCUCUUGGUAUUUUGAGCAUGCUGAAGAAGCUAUGUGGGCUGUGGAAGUCUUAAAGGAAGCUGGUAAACCUGUGGCAGCUACCAUUUGCAUAGGCCCAAAGAGAGACAUGAAUGAUGUAACAUCUAGAGAGUGUGCCGUGAAACUGGUGAAGGCAGGGGCUUCGAUUGUUGGUGUGAACUGCCGAUUUGGACCCAGAAUCAGCUUGAAGAUGAAGAAGCUCAUGAGGGAAGGCCUUCAAGCUGCAGGACUGAAAGCAUACCUAAUGGUGCAGUCCCUUGAGUAUAUUGCACCUGAAUCUACAGACUCUUUGGAGAAUAGUUUUCAACUAUAGCCCAGAGUUGCAACAGGAUGGGAUAUUCAAAAGUAUGCUAGAGAUGCCUACAACGUGGGUGUCAGGUACAUUGGCAGUUGCUGUGGAUUUGAGCCCUACCACAUCAGGGCAACUGCAGAGGAGCUGGCCCCAGAAAGGGGAUUUUUGCCACCAGCUUCAGAAAAGCUUGGCAGCUAGGGAAGUGGUUUGGACAUGCACACCAAACCCUGGAUUAGAAAGCCUUCAGCAGACAAGAAGCCAGAGGAGGCCUACAUGGUCUGCCUCACUUUCCUUGCUUUGUGCUUCCAGCUGUUACUCCAAUCUUACUAA